AAAGAGACUGUCCUUACCUACACCUGUAACUCUGACCCCUCAAUAACCUUGACCUCUACCUGUAGGAGUAAUGGGACCUGGUCAUCUCCAGCCUAUGUAUGUGGACAACAGUCUAACCCGCCAGACUGCUUUAACACCACGACUUCUUGUUGGUACAAGUACAACUUUACACAUGACACUGCCUGGAAUGGAUGUCCGGGUGGUCCGAGGUAUGUCAAGAAAACGCAAUAUGUGUCCGCACCGUUGGUCGGUGUAGUACUCUGCAAUUCUACAAGGUACAAGAUAUUUCUGGGUAUGAAUUUGACCGACACAUUUUUGAAUGUUGGUGAUGGCAGCGGUCAUGGAGCGGAUCAUUGUGAACUGGUAGGGGGACUAGAAGCGGAUGCCGUCCUACCCGGGGACUAUAUGAGUUCCCCCACACUAACCGGUUAUGCCCGCAGUGAAGUAGGGGAGGAGUUCUUUAUGGACAUUUUAUCUGGGGACACCGGAUGGUGGACUGACUCCUGGUACGAGUGUGGCGUUCAGAUUCCCGGCCCCCAGGAACCGCCAUGCAUGUCGGCCACGCCCCCUUGUUGGUAUGCUUAUGAGGUGUCCGUGGAUGAGUCUUUCAAUGGAUGUAGCGGGGGAAAAACAGUGGUCAAGAAAACAAACUUCACCUCGGCUCCGUAUCUCGCUGUAGUCUUGUGUAACAGUACAAGAUACAAGUUUUUCCUUGGUGCAAACUUAACGACAACCUUCUUAAACAUUGGAGACGGGAGCGGAUCUGGAGAAGAUCAAUGUGAACUUGUAGGUGGAUCUGAAACUUCUGCAGUAGUGGCGGGAGACUACCCAUCUUCUCCGGCAGUCACAGGUUAUUAUCGGAGGUAUGUGGGGGAGGAAUUUACUGUUGGGAACAUUGGUUACAUGCAGUCAUCCUACCAUUUCAACACUUACAUGGAGUGCGGAGUGGCCAUUCCAGGAACAGACCCCGUCGUCUUCUAGUUGGAUUGUCUUAAAUCAUGAACACCGGCAAAAUUUCUCUUCGAUCUUUCAUAUUCAUAGUUUGCUCAAGGGCAGUUGUU